UUGCCCUUAGAAACAACAAACAAUUUUAGCCAAGAAACAACCAUGGAAUAUUCAGAUGACAAACUUGCUACACCACCAGAAUCUGAAACUCCGUCGAUGGCAUCAUCUCGUGUAAAUUGCUUUGUGGGUGAUGUGGCUCUUAGGGUCUCACUAUUUGCAGCAACACUUGUUGGAGUUGUUUUCAUGGUGACCAGCAAGCAGACAGAGCUUGUGGCCGUUCCAGGAGCUCCGGUGGGAGUGAAGAUUCCGCUUACAGCAAAGUUUAAUCAAGAGCCGGCCUUCGUAUAUCUCGUAAUAGCAUUAUUGAUUGCUUGUCUAUACAGUAUCAUAAAAAUAGUUGCGAUGUUCUCGAAGGUUUUCAAGCCUACAUUCUCAAAAAAAUUGUUACUUCAUUUUGCUUUGUUGGACGUGUUGAUUUUUGGGGUAGUAGUUUCAGCAACAGGAGCAGCCGGUGCCGUGGGGUAUGUUGGUUGGAAGGGGGACGGUCACGUUGGGUGGUCUAAAAUAUGCCCUAUUUAUGAUAAGUUUUGUGGUCAUACAGCAAAAUCCAUUGCUAUGUCACUUCUCGCCUCGGUUACUCUUUUUUGGCUUAGCAUGCUAUCCAUAUUCUCUCUUUACAAACGAGCUCGUGAUCAAUUAAUUCAAGCUAAUUAACAUAUUAAUUAUCCGUGUCUUUGCUCACAUAUCUUUUGAGCAAUGACAAUUAGUUUAAGACUGUUCUUAAUUAAGUUUCACUUUUUCUUGGAUAUCUAGUUUCUUCCAAUUGUACUGAUUUUGUUUCUUCCAAAACUUAUUUGGAAGGUUUAUAAUCAACGAAAUGUUAAAUUGCUUUUGAUUGUGUUA